AUGCGUGUGUCGUGUGUUAACUGCUCUGUGGCUCUGGAUGGGGGGACGCUGCUCGCCACUUACCCCUACAACAAACCUGUCCAGCCAGUGGAGAAUGAAGACACGUUGAAGUACCUUGCUUCCGUAUAUGCCAACAACCAUCCCACGAUGCACCUUGGGCGUCCCGGGUGUCCAAACAGCCAAGUGGAGAACAUUCCGGGGGGCGUCCUACGCGCAGCCGAAUGGCAUAGUCACAUGGGCAGCAUGAAGGACUUCAGUCUGGAUUUCGGGCACUGUCCUGAGAUCACCGUGUACACGGGCUGCUGCCUGUUCCCCGCUGCUGACCAGCUGUCCCGCCUGUGGGCGGAGAACAGGAAGUCCCUCCUCAGCAUGCUGGUGGAGGUGCAUAAAGGGGUGCGGGGCGUGGUGCAGGAUAAGAGCGGGCGGCCCAUCGUGGGGGCGAUGAUCGUGCUGAACGGGGGGGUGCGCGUGUUCACCAGCGAGGGGGGGUACUUCCACGCCCUGCUGGCCCCCGGGGCUCACAACAUCGAGGCCGUCGCCGACGGCUACCAGCAGCAGCGGCAGAAGGUGUUCGUGUCGUCGUAUGAAGCCGCCAGCUCCAUCAUCAUCGAAUUCGACAUGGACAACCACAUCUUCGGCCUCCCCCGGGAGUUUGUGGUGGCCACCGCGGCGGCCUCCAUGACCGCCCUGGUCAUCACGGCCUGCAUCAUCUGGUGCGUGUGCUCGGCCAAGUCCACGCGGCAGAAGGACGGCUUCCACCGGCUGCGGCAGCACCGCGACGACUACGAGGGCGACAUCCGCCUCACUCAGGCUCGAGAGUCCGCUGGCCCAUUCCAUGGCCGCCUCGGAGAGAGUCCCUGCCCGCCACCGAAGUGUCCCCAGUGCGUGCUCCUGGUCGAGACACGCUGA